UCAACUAUUUCAUUGCCGCCUUCAGCAGACAAUUGCCAAAAGCAGCAACCCAUUUCACUGCAACAUGACCGUGUGUAAAUGUGCAGAGAGAUGUGCAACAAAGGAUCGUAGGAGUAGCAUCGCUAACACCAGCAACCAGGGGGCGAACCACUAAAAACGACCGAAAUAGCACGCAACAAGUUCUUAUACGAGUCGAGAAGCACAAAACAUCGAUACACAGCCACCCAUAUAUACGAGUGUAUAGAUAACUGCACACCACACUUAAUUACAUAUAUACAUCAUAAUCAUCACAUAAUCGGCAGUGAAUGAAGCAAUGAGCCCGUUCGGGUCCAAGAAGAAUCGUUCCUUGUCCGUGCGGGUGAGCACAUUUGACUCCGAGCUGGAGUUCAAACUGGAGCCGCGCGCCUCGGGCCAAGACCUUUUCGAUCUCGUCUGCCGCACCAUCGGAUUGCGGGAAUCGUGGUACUUUGGGCUACAGUAUGUGGACACACGCAACAAUGUCUCCUGGCUAAAAAUGGACAAGAAGGUGAAGGAUCAGCGGGUCGAGCUGCAUGCCAACAACAACAUCUACGUUUUCAGUUUCUAUGCCAAAUUCUUUCCGGAGAAUGUCAGCGAGGAGCUGAUCCAGGAGAUCACCCAGCACCUCUUCUUCCUGCAAGUCAAGCAGAGCAUCCUCUCCAUGGACAUCUAUUGUCGGCCAGAGGCCUCUGUCCUGCUAGCCUCCUAUGCAGUCCACGUCCAGUACGGGCCCUACGACUACGAGACCUACAAGGACGGCAUGCUGGCCGGGGGCGAGCUGCUGCCAAAGGGUGUGACCGACCAGUACCAAAUGACGCCCGAGAUGUGGGAGGAGCGCAUCAAGACCUGGUACAUGGACCACGAGCCAAUGACGCGAGAUGAGGUCGAAAUGGAGUAUCUGAAAAUUGCCCAAGAUCUGGACAUGUACGGUGUCAACUACUUUCCUAUUACAAAUAAGAACAAAACCAAAUUGUGGCUGGGAGUCACGGCCGUGGGACUGAACAUCUACGAUGAGCGUGAUAAGCUAACGCCAAAGACAACGUUCCAAUGGAACGAGAUACGGCACGUCAGCUUCGAUGACAAAAAGUUCACCAUUCGCCUGGUGGAUGCCAAGGUCUCGAACUUUAUAUUUUACUCGGUGGAUCUGCACAUCAACAAAAUGAUACUCGACCUGUGCAAGGGCAACCAUGAUUUGUACAUGAGACGCCGCAAGCCGGACACAAUGGAGAUUCAGCAGAUGAAGGCCCAGGCCAAGGAUGAGAAGCAGCGCAGACAGAUCGAGCGCAAGAAGUUCAUCAGGGAGAAGAAGCUGCGCGAGAAGGCCGAACAAGAUCGCUACGAGCUGGAGAAGAGCUUUGAGCACCUUCAGAACGAGAUGCGCAUGGCGAGCGAUGCGUUGCGCCGUUCCGAGGAGACCAAGGAGCUGUACUUCGAGAAGAGUCGCGUCAAUGAGGAGCAGAUGCAGCUGACGGAAUGCAAGGCCAACCACUUCAAGACCGAAAUGGAUCGACUCCGCGAGCGCCAGAUGAAGAUCGAGCGGGAGAAGCACGACCUGGAGAAGAAGAUACGCGACGCCGACUUCUUUGUCCACCAACUGACGGUGGAGAACGACAAGCGUGAGGCCGAAACCGAGAAGCUCAAGAAGGAGCUCAUCUGUGCCAAGAUGGCUGAGCGCGAGGCCACCGCCCGCCUGCUGCACUUCCUCAACAGCGGACGCAAAUCCUCAACGGACAGCCUGCUCACCGCCUCCACCGUAUCCAAUGCGGUCAAUACAUCCUCCAGCCUGGCGGCGAUCAGUACGCCCUCGCUAACCACGAGUAGCUCCACCAAUGACAUGGAAACGGCCGGCGGUGCCGAUCUAACCACGUCCGCAUCACACUAUCUAGUUCAGGGGGACAACUCGAGCGGCAUUUCCGAUGACUUUGAGCCAAAGGAGUUCAUACUCACCGACAACGAAAUGGAGCAGAUCACCAACGAAAUGGAGCGCAACCAUUUGGAGUAUCUGCGCAAGUCCAAGAAGCAGGUGCAGAACCAGCUGCAGACCCUCCGCUCCGAGAUCGCACCACACAAGAUCGAAGAGAACCAGAGCAACCUCGACAUACUCAGUGAGGCCCAAAUUAAGGCCGGUGAAAAUAAAUACUCAACGCUCAAGAAGCUCAAAUCCGGCUCGACCAAGGCCCGUGUGGCCUUCUUCGAGGAGCUCUGACCUCUGCACCUCCCAGCCGUCAGCCCAAUACCGAUCCAAGACUACUCUCUCUUACGUUUGGGGGUUCUAAUGCGUCUAAUGUGUGCGUAGGGAGUGCGUUUCUAAUUUGUGUAAAGCUUUUAAUGUGUGUUGGAUGAUUGAUUGAUCGAGUGUUGUGCAUAGAUAUUAAUUCGUAUUCGAUUGUAUACUCAAGCCGCUGCUGUAAUAAAAAAAACAACCAAGGACCAAGACCUAGGCCACACGAACAUGUGGGCUGGGCCCAAAAGUACAUACACGA